UCCAGCGAUAUGAAACAUGAAAUGAUAAUAAUAUAGUCAAUAAAUUUUAGCAACGUUAGAGUCAUAUAAAGCAAUUUCGCAUUAAUAAAACAAUAACGAUAUAUUUUCAUUAAUUCAAUUUAUAAAAAGUGCCCAUUUCAAUUAUAUAAACAUGUCAUAUCAACCACCGUCAGGGCCGCCACCACCAUAUAGUCCAUAUCCUGUUCAACAUCCAAUCCCUAAUCCAUAUGUGCAACCUGGCACGAUAACAUAUGUAACUACCCCGGUAUAUAUGCCGGCAUAUCCUACUCAGCCCGUCCCCCAACCUCAGCCACCACCGAACGCAACCUAUGUCACCAAUAUUUAUCAACAAUCGACGUCGGAUCCAGUUAAAGUCGUCGAAAAAGUUAAAGAAAAAGUAAAAGAUCGUGUAGUAGCUUCGACUGCUUCAGCUUCAAGCCGCAUUGCCCGUGGAAUUUUGUCGAAUUUACCGGGUUAUAACUGGGCAUCAACUACGACGAAUGUACCUCUAUCUAUAAAACUCAAAGCACUUGUAGCAGGGAAGGAAGGUUGGGAUGGCAGUCAACUUUAUAUCAUCAGAGCACGUCAUGCUGGGGAGUUAAUCCCAGGAAAACUAUCAAUCAAGCACCGGGCCGCGUAUGUACCACAUAUGGGGAAAGAAGUUCCAGUACAUAAUUUUGAGAUAUUUUGUGCUAGGACCAAUGAUGUACAUUGGGUCACAAGCAGUCACGGUCAGGUGCCACCAGGAGCUAUUGCUGCUGGCAAUACCGAAAAUGGUGACACUCUCUACAUCGCCAGGGUAAAGCAUUUGAAUUCCAUCACCCCUGGCAAAGUCCAUCCCAAUCACAACUGCUGCUACAUUUCAUUUGGGGGGAAAGAAAUUUCAUACGCAACAUACGAAGUUCUAUACCCACCACCAGGGGCACCUUAUGGCGUAUAUCCCGGUCAACAACCGCCCCCCGGUUCAUAUGCGCCACCUGGGACGGUUACUUACAUACAAACUCCGGUAUACGGUCCAGGAUAUCCGCCUCAAGCGACACCCGUACCUCAGCCGCCACCAAAUGCGACCUACGUCACGAACAUUUAUCAACAACCACCAGCUGAUCCAGUAAAUGUCGUCUAUCACGUUGAAAGUGAUAUUGACUGGGUACAAGCUACGACGGUCACAGCCAGAGACCUUCAACAUAAGGCACUGGUAGCAGGGAAAGAGGGCUGGGACAGCAGUCCACUUUGUGUCAUCAGAGCGCACCAUGCUGGAGAAUUUAUACCAGGGAAAUUAGCCAUUAAGCACCGGGCUGCGUAUGUGCCUCAUAUGGGGAAGGAAGUCCCAGUUCAUAAUUUUGAGGUAUUAUGUGCUAAGCCUCAUGCUGUGCGCUGGCUCACAUCCGGUCACGGCCAGGUACCCCCUGGGGCCAUCCCUGCAGGCAACACUCACAAUGGUGAACCCCUGUACAUCGCCAGAGUAAAGCAUUUGAACUCCCUUACCCCUGGCAAAGUACAUCCUAGUCACAACUGCGCCUACAUUUCAUUCGGAGGAAAAGAAAUUUCAUACAAAACGUAUGAAGUUUUAUGUAAAAUUGUCGGCUAGGCUAAUCAUUGAAUUUAUAAUUACUUUCAAUUAAAAAGCAAUACCUAUAUUAUUUUGUAUUUGAAUUUAAUUAUUAAAUAAAAGAUAUUGUUACCAACA